GGGCGUGGCGAGGGGAGAACGCCCCGCACACCAAGCACGGCAGCCGGGCGAAGACCAGCUCUCGCCAUGAACACCGCCAGCGAUGUGUUCAAGUCGUUGGUCGUCGUCGCCCUGGCCGCCGGCAUGCUGAACGUGGCGUCCGGAGCGACGACAACCCCUGCAGCGGCGGCCCCCGCGUCCGGGACCACCGCGGCAGCCAACAACGCCGCCAUGAAGAACCUGAAAAAGCUGCUGUCGACGGUGGACCCGAACCAGCUGGCGGACGCCGUGACCCGCUUCAUCUACUGUGCGUCGCACCACCACAAGGCCCUGCAGAACGUCGUGACGCCCGCCCUGGCCGAGUGGAACGCGUGCGGCAGCAAGCAGCCGUCGGACUGGGAGGCGCAGGUCGCCUGCUUCCUCAAGAGCGCCAACAACCUGGCCACCUUCGUGGCGCUCGGCCACCAGAUCAGCAGCAUCGCGGGGUGCUUCGUGGGCGCCAACGCGACUGACGUGCUGUGCGUGAAGAAGGUGCAGAAGAGCGAGGAGUGCGCCAACAUGUGCACGGAGUCGCACUCCUCGCAGUCCGAGACCGCCGUCAUCGCCGUGGUCGCGGUGCCGCCCACCGUCAGGAAGGACGACUGCAAACUGACAAGCAAAGGCGGCGUCACGCCAGCCAACUCCAACCUCACCGCCUCCCUCGACUUCACCAUGAAGGUGCUGCAGUGCCUACCCUCCUACUUCGGCGACUCGUACCAGCACCUCCUGGAGCACAUCAAGUUGAUCAACACCUGCACGCAGCAGUACGAGGACAACUGGUACAACUGGGCUAAGUGCGUGGUGGAGGCCCACGACAUCAAGCUCGUCUCGCCUUACUUCGUCAAGAGCCGGCAGACGGUGGCGUGCGUCAUCGGCGGGGACAUCCCCGCGCAGACGGUGUGCGUCCGCAACGUGAAGAACGCCGAGGAGUGCCGGUCGUGCGGCGGCCAGGACCUGCAUCCCGUCGAGUCCGUGCCGCCCCUGGGCGCCACCAACAACUGCGUGUAGCUCGCGGGCCGUCGUCGGAAAAGGGUUGAAACAAAUGAAAACGAAAUCGAUGAAAACUGUUGGACGCCACGAGUGCGAGUGAGGUUCAGCCGCCGCCUCGCUCCGCCUCGCGCCGCCUGCAGGCCGGCAGGUAGGCAUCCCUGCCGGCAGGGAAGCAGUGACGCUCGCGGGGUUGCCUAUCACAGGCGCUCCAGGCGCCCUCGCUGUGACAGUGACCCCGGCUGCAGUGCAGACACUCUCAGACGGGUGAUCGGCAGGGGUCAAGACCCCCUCUGUCACCAACGUCAUCCUGCUGCGACACAUCCCGGAGAUAAACGAAGUUCCCGUCAGAAAUAAAGGCAAACCAGGCGGCAGACGGCAUCAA